AUCUGGCAAUCUCCCAAUUUUGUUGGAUCCAACGUCAUACAGAUUGCACAAAGUUUAGUACUACUAAGAGUUUAGUUUUAUCUAAUAAGAAGUUAUCUAAAGCAAGAUCAACAGAGAAAGAUGGGCGGAAAAAGGAUCCGGUUGGUGCUGAUAGCAAGUCCACUUCAAGGCCACAUGACACCCAUGCUUCAACUAGGAACAUACCUUCAUUCCAAAGGCUUCUUAAUAACCAUUGCCCACUCUGAGUUUAAUCGGCCCGAUCCUUCUAAACACCCUGAAUUCUGUUUCCUCCCUUUGUGUGAUCACUUAUCGCGCGUUGGCCUGUCAGUCGGGGUCAUCAAGUUUUUGCAAGUUCUAAACGAUAACUGCAAACCCCGUCUCAAGGAAUACCUUAUUGAGAUUAUAAACACACGUAAAGAUAAUGAAUCAAUAGUUAUCAUCCAUGAUAAUCUCAUGUUUUUUGCUGGUUCUGCUGCAAGUGAGCUUGGACUGCCUUUUUUUAUUUUUCGCAGCAGCAGUGCUGUCUUUUAUCCUGCUUAUAAAAUCAUUCCUCUGCUCCACCAAGAAGGCCGCUUUCCUGCACAAGAUUGUUUGAUGCAGGAAAUAGUACCUGAGCUUCCACCAUUUAGAUACAAAGAUCUUCCCUUUAUGGACCGCCCAAUAGAACAAACACUGGAAUUGAUAGCCAUGAUCACCCCUCAUACACCCCCUUGUGCCUUCAUUCACAAUACCGUUGAGUUCCUUGAACAAUCUGCAUUGGCCCGCACACGUAAUCGCUACCAAGUUCCGGUUUUCACCAUUGGCCCAUUGCACAAAAUGACCCGACCCCUUGCAACUAGCUUUCUUGAAGAGGAUACUAGUUGUAUGUCAUGGCUAGAUAAACAAACACCAAAAUCAGUAAUUUAUGUGAGCAUAGGAAGUUUAGCUACUAUGGAUGAAAAAUUAUCAACUGAAAUGGCAUGGGGUCUAGCCAAUAGUAAACAACCAUUCAUAUGGGUAGUUAGACCAGGUUCGGUUCGUGGGUAUGAAUGGAUUGAGUUUUUAGAACAAGGUUUGAUAAAUGAAAUGAAGGGAAGAGGUUUGAUAGUAAAAUGGGCACCUCAAAAGGAAGUAUUGGCCCAUUUCGCAGUUGGAGGAUUUUGGAGUCAUUGUGGUUGGAAUUCUACUUUGGAAAGUUUGUCACAAGGGGUACCAAUGCUAUGCCAACCGUUUAAUACGGACCAGUUAUUGAAUGCUAGAUAUUUGAGUUAUGUGUGGAAGAUAGGUGUUGAGAUUGUUGUCGAGAGAGAAGAAAUCGAGGGUGCAAUCAAAAGAGUCUUGGUGGGUAUUCAAGGGGAAGAAAUGAGGAAUAGAGCUAUGGAGAUUCAAGAAAAGGUUAAAGUGGCGAUCAACUAUGGCGGUUCUUCACAUAACUCCUUGAAGGAUUUGGAAGUCUUCAUUUUGUCACUGUAAUUGUAACUUUGUAAAACUGGCUAGAUUUUCCCAGCAAUCUCAAAAUUCUAAUUUGCAUUUUCA